ACUGCUGUCUUACAGAUGCUUUUCCGCGGACUUUGAAUUCCUCCGCGGAAACCCCUGAAGGUCCAUUGGAGGGUGAGAGAGAAGGCGACCACGGGGACCCUGGCGUGCAGGAGCGGCGACCCUGAGGAGGUGUUGGCAGAACCGCAGGUGGUCGUCCCCCGGUCCGUGACACAGGUGGCCCGCGGAGCUGAGCCGGGCUGGGAGGGAAAGUCGCAGCGGCCAUGUGUGUGACGGCGGCCAGGAAGGCGCAUGUUGGAGCAGAGCCUUUCCUCACCUGGUCCUGUCACAUCUAGUGGCGUCCUCCUGGUCAGGGCACGUCAGUGGCACAUCGCGGAUUGUUGUCUUGUGGGUACGUGGACGCGCCUCAUGGAACCAUCACAGGGACGGUGUCCCCAAAUUACAGAAGUAGAACUUCCAUAUUCCAACAACUGGUGAGCAGAGAAGAAAUAUGGCAUUCCAGGACUCAGUGUCAUUUGAGGAUGUGGCUGUGGACUUUACCUGGGAGGAAUGGCGGGACCUUGAUGAUGCUCAGAGGACCCUAUACAGGGAGGUAAUGCUCGAGACCUACAGCAGCCUGGUGUCCCUGGGGCAAUGCAUCACCAAACCUGAGCUGAUCUUCAUGCUGGAGCAAGGAGCAGAGCAGUGGUUGGAAAAAGAAUCUCCAAGCCAGAGCCCACCAGAUGUCCAGAAGGUGGAUGUCAUAAUUGAGACCAGUGAGGAAAGUCAAGACAGACAUUUGUGGCAAGCUGGAAUCAAUAUGAACAACACACCAAUUAACAAGAGAGUUAUGUUAGGACAUGCCUUUCAUUUGAGUUCCAGCCAUAUUUCAAAUUUGAUUGUAAAGAAUGUAGGCUCUUUAGGAGUGAAGCCCAAGGAGUUGAAUGUAUGUCAGAACAGGAAUCACCCUAGUAAGCCUGAUGGGAUGUAUGCUGAUGAGAAACCCUAUCAAUGUAAUCAGAAUGGAAGUUUCUUUGUCCAGAAGUCAUACCUCACCCAGCAUGAGAUAAUUCACACUGGGGAGAAGCUCUAUCAGUGUAAUCAAUGUGGAAAAACCUUUCAGAAGAAAUCAUAUCUCACCAAGCAUAAGAUACUUCACACUGGAGAGAAGCCCUAUAAGUGCAGUCAGUGUGGUAAAACCUUUGGCUAUAAGUCACAACUCACUAGGCAUGAGAUGACUCACACUGGGGAGAAGCCCUAUCAGUGUAGUCAGUGUGGAAAAGCCUUUCACCUGAAGUCAAUCCUCGAUAGACAUGAGAUAAUUCACACGGGAGAAAAGCCCUAUCAAUGUAAUCAGUGUGGAAAAACCUUUAGCCGGAAAUCAAACCUCAGCAGUCAUGAGAGAAUUCACACUGGGGAGAAGCCCUAUCAGUGUAAUCAGUGUGGAAAAUCCUUCGGCCAGAAGUCAAGACUCAGCAGUCAUGAGAUGCGUCACACUGGGGAGAAUCCCUACAAGUGCAAUCAGUGUGGUAAAACCUUUCCAGUGAAGUCAGGCCUCACCACACAUGAGAGAAUUCACACUGAGGAGAAGCCCUUUAAGUGUAGUGAGUGUCAUAAAACCUUUAAUUAUAAGUCACAACUCACUAGCCAUGAGAUGAGUCACACUGGGGAGAAGCCCUAUCAGUGUGGUCAGUGUGGAAAAUCCUUUUACUUGAAGUCAAUCCUCAAUAGACAUGAGAUAAUUCACACUGGGGAAAGGCCUUAUCAAUGUAAUCAGUGUGGAAAAGCCUUUUGCCAGAAAUCAAACCUCACUGAGCAUGAGAAAAUUCACACUGAGGAGAAGCCCUAUCAGUGUAAUCAGUGUGGAAAAUCCUUUCACCUGAAGUCAAUCCUCGUUGGACAUGAGAAAAUUCACACUGGGGGGAAGCCCUAUCAAUGUAAUCAAUGUGGGAAAGCCUUUUGCCGGAAAUCAAGCCUCACCAUGCAUGAGAGAAUUCACACUGGGGAGAAGCCCUAUCAGUGUAAUCAGUGUGGAAAAACCUUUGGCCGGAAGUCAAGACUCACCAUUCAUGAAAUGAAUCACACUGGGGACAACCCCUACAAGUGCAGUCAGUGUGGUAAAACCUUUUCUGGUCAGUCACGCCUCACCACACAUGAGAGAAUUCACACUGGGGAAAAGCCCUUUAAGUGUAGUGAGUGUCAUAAAACCUUUGCCUCAAAGUUACAACUCACUAGGCAUAAGAUGAUUCACACUGAGGAGAAGCCCUAUCAGUGUAGUCAGUGUGGAAAAUCUUUUCACCUGAAGUCAGUCCUCAGUAGACAUGAGAUAAUUCACACUGGGGAGAAGCCCUAUCAGUGUAGUCAGUGUGGGAAAAACUUUAGCUGGAAAUCAAUCCUCAGUGAGCAUGAGAAAAUUCACACUGAGGAGAAGUCCUUUAAGUGUAGUCAGUGUCAUAAAACCUUUGGCUAUAAGUCACUACUCACUAGGCAUGAGUUGAGUCACACUGGGGAGAAACCCUAUCAGUGUAGUCAGUGUGGAAAAUCCUUUCACUUGAAGUCAAUCCUCAAUAGACAUGAGAUAAUUCACACUGUGGAAAGGCCUUAUCAUUGUAAUCAGUGUGGAAAAACUUUUAGCAGGAAAUCAAACCUCACUGAGCAUGAGAAAAUUCACACUGAGGAGAAGCCCUAUCAGUGUCUUCAGUGUGGAAAAUCCUUUCACUUGAAGUCAAUCCUCAUUGGACAUGAGAAAAUUCAUAGUGGAGAGAAGCCCUAUCAAUGUAAUCAAUGUGGGAAAGCCUUUUGCCGGAAAUCAAGCCUAACCGUGCAUGAGACAAUUCACACUGGCAAGAAGCCCUAUCAGUGUAAUCAGUGUGGAAAAACCUUCGGCCGGAAGUCAAGACUCACCAAUCAUGAGAUGUGUCACACUUUGGAGAACCCCUACAAGUGUGGUCAGUGUGGUAAGACCUUUUCAGGUCCAUCAGGCCUCACCACACAUGAGAGACUUCACACUGGGGAGAAGCCCUUUAAGUGUAGUGAGUGUCAUAAACCCUUUGUCUCAAAGUUACAACUUACUAGGCAUAAGAUAAUUCACACUGGGGAAAAGCCCUAUCAGUGUAGUCAGUGUGGAAAGUCCUUUCAUCUGAAGUCAGUCCUCAGUAGACAUGAGAUAAUUCACACUGGGGAAAGGCCCUAUCAAUGUAAUCAGUGUGGAAAAACCUUUAGCAGGAAAUCAAACCUCACCGAGCAUGAGAAAAUUCACACUGAGGAGAAUCCUUAUUAGUGUAGUAAGUAUGCAAAAUCCUUUCACCUGAAGUCAAUCCCCAUUGGACAUGAGAUGAUUCACACUGGGGAAAGGCUUAUCAAUGUAAUCAGUGUGGAAAAACCUUUGGCAAGAAGUCAAACCUCAGCAAGCAUCAGACCACUCAUAAGAGAGAAGUCUUUUGAAGAUGGAAGAGCUUUCUCAGAAAUCAAACCUCAGGAAACAUGAGAGAAUUCUCACAGUGGGAAAAUCCUGAAUGGCAGCGACUAGCUAUGUGUCCUCCAAAAGCUAUUUUCUUUUCUCUGUGAUACAGCAAGAUCUUUUCUGCCUCUUUCUGUGGCCAACAAUUCAAAGCUCUCUGGAGAUAAAGACACCAGUGAUGAACAUUCCUUCCAGGCCUAAAUUUAACAGUGACCUUGCAGUCCUACCAGACUCAGGGUGGGAGCUCUAUGUGUCUUCAAUCACUGUGAGUUCAGACAGAAAUGAAGAAAACGGAGUAUUUUCCACCAAUGGCCCAGCACCUUCCAUUUGUUACAUGUGAGAAAUGAGGCCUACUCUGUUCAGCCAUUUUAUGUGUGGUCUGCAUUUCAGCACCCACAGCCAGCAUUGCUUACUCACUUUAUGAAUUUGGGAGGUGUUCCUGAGAGACUCACCCUGUUCAUGUUUAUCAGAAAAGUCAUACAAAAGGGGAACCUGUUUCGUCGCCAUGUUAAGUUUUGGGAGAAUGAAAGAAAUAUGGGGGCCAGGGAGCAAUGGCUCAUGACAAUAAUCCCAGCUGUUUGGGAGGUGACGGAUCGACAAUUGUGGUUCAAGACUAUCCUGUGCAGAGAGUUAGCAAGACCCACUAUCAACUAAUAAGCCAGGUGUUGCCACAGCUGAACCAGCUGUAAUCUUAGUUGUGUAAUUAGCAUAGGUACAAGGAUUGUGGUCCAAGCCUCCCUGGGUAAAAUAUGAGACUCUGUGUGAAAAAUAACUUUAAAAAAAAAGGCUUGGGAUAUGACUCAAAUAGUAAGUAUCAACCUGCUAAGCUUGAGGUGUUAGGUUCACACACAAUUCUGUCCAUACACACCCAAAUUUGAAAUUCCAUCUCCAUCUUGUUUAGAGGAUUAUUUGGGGUGGCUGUCACUUUCUUCUACCCAACAUUUCUUCCCCACAGAAUUUUAGUAAGAAGCCAUCAGUAUGACCAUAAUAAAUGGUUGCAUAUGCAGUCUUCAUAUGAGGUCUCAUUUUCAGUGUGGAGAGUAACUGUUCAUUGUCCCUGAAAUCUUGAUAAUCACUGAGUUUGUGUGUGAGCCUGGAGCUGCUCACACCAUCAGGAAUCUGUUUAUAAGAUACAGAGAAGCUGUGAGCAGUGAGUCCUGAAGGAUUCAAGUCCAGGUAUUCUGAACAUCCCUGAGGCCCAGCCCACAUGAUUGAUAGAAGACUACUGUUUUUUCUCCAGUGUGUGGUUUUUUCUCUGGCUCUGAGCCUGUAGAAGUGGGUCACUUAUCUUUGUAAUUGAGUCCUGCCUUGACUGAAUUUGCCUUGUGUCUGAGUUCUUUUUUUAAAAUAUUGUAAAAUUACGGUGGGUUUACCUUUC